UGUAUAUACGAGCAAUGCAUUGAAUGACGGAAAGUGUAAUUAGAAGUGUGGAGUAAAAUGAUUACUGUUGUACGUGGACAUGUAGUUAUGGUAAGGAGCCUGUUAACGUCACGCGUGGACCGUACUGGAACGUCAGCGGCCCCCGCAGCAGCCAUCGUUGACAGUAUACCUCCAUAUGGCGCCGCGGACAAGGUUGAUGGCCAUCCAGCUGAGCCUCGUGCCCACUACCCUCAUCCACCGACGUCUAUGUGUGCCAAACGCGGCUCACUUCAUUGACGAAGCGCAACUAGCUGCUCCAUUGCGGCACGUCAGCGGAGCGGCGAUUCGUACAAGCGCAUGAAGAGGCUCUCCGUGUUGAUGCUCGCUUCCCUCCCCCUCCGU